AUGUGCCACCACGAUACCGCAGCCAAUGGAUGGACCAGCAUGCCCGCCAAUGCGGGCGCCAUCUUCGGUGAUCAGCCUUUCAUCAACAAGCCUGAGCCUCUCUCACUCGGUGAAAUCAAGUUUCCUUUUGAAGACCCUACUGUUGCAAAGACUUUGGAAUACGCGAAGAAGACCCUGCACCACGAAACCUUCAACCAUUCGAUGCGGGUUUACUUCUACGGCAUGGCCAUUACCAAGCAGCAAUUCCCCCAGCAGGCUGCUACCCUCAACUCUGUGACUUGGGCUUUGACAUGCCUGCUGCACGAUCUCGGCACCGCCGAGGAGAACCUGACAGCUACGCGGAUGUCAUUCGACAUCUAUGGUGGUAUCAAGGCUCUCUCUGUCCUCAAGAACUUUGGCGCUACUGUCGAUCAGGCCGAGGCAGCUGCCGAGGCCAUCAUCCGACACGAGGAUAUGGGAGUGGAUGGAACAAUCACCUACAUUGGGCAGCUCAUUCAGCUGGCCACAACCUACGACAACACAGGCUUCCACCCUCAUGUCAAGGAGUUCGGUCAGUUGAUUCACGAAGCUACUCGCACUGAGAUCAACGAAACCUAUCCCCGUGUCAAGUGGUGCACAUUCUUUGCCAACACCAUUCGCAAAGAAGAGGAGAUCAAGCCUUGGUGCCACUCGACACACCUUGUCAACUUCGACGCUGAGAUCGAGGCCAACACCUUGAUGAAGCAGUGGGAGUGA